CAGUGACGCAUUAUUGGCUCCGCCUACAAUGCAACGCAGACAAGGGAACCUCAAACAAGACAACAGGAGCAAAUGCUCUACUACGUUAACCUGACAUUAUAGACAAGAUUAUACUAUUCUGAAGACACGGAGUUAAAGAUCCUGUAAUAACACAGAUUUUUCCAAGCGGAGGAAACCCGACAACAAUCUUCAGAGUCAACUGUACUUCACAGCCAUUGUCCGUGUCGGGAAAAGGCGACAGCUACAGGCCGCCGGUGGUACUGCACCUGCCGGGAGUUGUAAGUGAGACAUUGGGAGUCUGAAUUAUUUAACGGUGGAAAAUGAGCUCCGAGGAGGCGGCAGCUCCAACAAAAACGGGAACAGAUGACGAUGGCAUGUCCUGGUGGUACCGGUGGAUCUGCAAAAUAUCUGGUGUGCUGGGUGGCAUAUCAUGUGCCACAAUGGGAGUUUGGAAUUGUGUGACUGUGAAUCCCUUAAACAUUGCAGCUGGAGUCUGGAUGGUGUUAACAGCAUUUGUGCUGUUUCUCUGUGAGGUCCCCUUCUGCUGUCAGUUUAUUGAGUUCGCAAACGCAGUGGCGGCGCGUGCAGACAGAUUAAAGCCGUGGCAGAAAGCUCUCUUUUACUGCGGGAUGGCACUGUUUCCUAUUUGUCUGAAGUUAAACAUUACCACUCUCUUCGGGAAUGCCAUCGCCUUUGCCACUGGAGUGCUGUAUGGACUCGCAUCCCUUGGAAAGAAAGGUGAUGCGGUGAGCUACGCCCGGUUGCAGCACAAUAAACAGGGUGAUGAAGAGAAAGUUACAGGCACCACAGAUGGUUCUGUGCCGUGAAUCUCUUUCUUCACCUCCUCCUUUACUCCUCUACCUCCAUUUCACCUCCCUCUCUUUGUGUGUGUGUAUCCUGACUGGAGUGACCAUCACUUCAUUGUUGGAUUACAGAUAUACCAUAUGCUCUUUUGAUCAGUGAAGUAAUUGGGUUUUAGGUGAAUAUUUGAUUUAAACUCUAAUGCACAAUUUAGUCUUUUUGUAUUUAUUGAAUAAUAAUUUUGUCUCGCAUUAUGAAAAUCGUAUCGGGUUGACCUUUGAUUUUUAACUUUAAAUGUUUUUUGUGUUUCAUUCGUGAGACAAAAAGUUGGAGAAAUUAAUGCAUUAACUAUCGUCACCUGCCUCAUAUUUACAUCAAACAACCUCAGCACCAGCACAGGGAUUUGAAAUUAUGGCCAUUGGGAUUUUCCCACAAUUCUUUGCGCUGCAGAUGAUCACAAACAGAAACAUUUGUGACGUGUAAAUCCGUUAAGACACAGAAUUAUAAGUUUAAGCAUGGUAAAACGUGUUUUAACAAUUGCAGGGAUAAAAAACUGAAUCUGUGAGUGUUUAUGUACCUCUGUUAACAGGCCUUUGCCCUAAAUCCUGCGCUGCAGCAUGAUGUGUUUAUCAAUGCUGGAAUGUAUUUUUGCUACGCUGCUUUAAAAUCUCACAUUCAUUGAUUUUUGGCGGAUGAGUAUUUGUGUAUAAGUGUGUACUGGUUGUUUCAUAUAAGAACUUGUAAUUGUGAGUGAUGGGUUAGAUUUUAAGGUUGCCCGAAGUUUACUCUGCGUCUUCAGGAACUUGUGUGUGUUUCUCUAAAGUUGUUCAUGUCUUGCCAUCUAAAGAAGGGCUUUUUAUCUAGAACAAAAAAUAACUGGGAUGCUUAAUGAUGCAGUGAUGACAUUUUGCAUGUUUUGUCAAAGACGGUUGUGCAGAAAAUGAUUGUCCUUCUCCACAUCAAGAAGCAUAUAUUUAACAUUUAUUACAGUUCUGAAAUCUUAACAGUUUUAAAAACUAAAACGAUUCUUUUUCAGGCAAACAAACUAAACUGAACCAGUCUGGUCCCAACACUGAACACUAUGAAAGCCAUCAUUAAAGUCUGUGUAAAGUCCGAUAUUAAAUGUGUUCUGUUAGUCACACCACAGAAAAAAAUUUGAAUGAUUAAAAAACGCCACGUAAAAAAGUAAGUUAAUAAAAAUCUUGGAAAAAUAGGCCGGAUUCUCUGUUCUCAAACGCUGGGAGCGUGUCCGCGGUCGGCGCCGAAGCCACGCCCACUCGCGGAAAAGUCCAAGGGCCUAUGGGCGGGGCCAUUCUUGGAGGCUGCAGUGCGUCACUGAGCAACUGUUUUUGCUCCUCCUAAAUAAUCCUGAUACACAGAAAUGUGGAAAACUAAUGGUUUAACUUCACGAUUCAGUAGUACUACAUAGUUCACAGGCUUUGUAACGUGUUUCUGCAAAAUAUUUCUAACAUUUAUAAUGUGUUUACAAACAAUUCUCUGAAAUGACUUUACACAAACUUUAAAAAACAAACAAGACUAACGCUCUUUAUUGCUGAGGUCAUUCUGUACUGUUUCUACUUUAGUGUUCAUACGGUUACAGCAUUUAUUCUGUAUUGAAGGUCACAUGCUGUCUCUAAACUUUUUAUAAUAUUGACAUGCGGUGAAAGUUAAUUUUCAUGUUUAGCUGGAUGCUAGUCUUUUACUAACACUAUUGAGCUUUUGCAUUUGUGAACCAGUUUGGUCUCCAAGUCCACCAGCACAUUAAUCUCAUUAUACAGAUGGGAUUUAACUCACAUUUCCAGUAUAGUAGGACUAUCUGUUACUAACUUUGGUAGACAUUUAGUUGUGUUUAUAGCAACACUUGAUUUACAGUCAAAAUGAUCAUAUAGACACUAUUGCUUUAAAAUAUGGCAACAUUUAGUAAGUGAUAAACCUAAAAAAUAAAAAGUCUUUAAUGUAGCUAAGCUAUGAUCCUGGCUUUGUGUGUAAUGUAUUUGUUUGAUCAAUGAAUGUAACACAUUGCAAUGAUGCAUUAAGGAAUCUCAUCCAUGAUGAUGUUUUCCCCAUGUGAUAAAUAAAGUCAUCCGUUUUUGACUUUCCA